CAGGAAACAGCAGCGCAAGUUCCAGCCCUUCAGGAGGCUCUUCGGCAGGAGGAAGAAGAAGGACUCGGAGAAAGCCUUCGUGGCAGCUGAGCUGAAAGGCAGCCGGUCCACCGAGGACGUCGCCAAUGGGAGGCUGUCAGACGAUGAGGAAACCAACGAGCAUUUGAGGUCUUCACACAACAUGGGGACCCGAGCAUUUUCACACGACAGCAUCUUCAUUCCCGAAGCACCAGAACAUCUGAGCUCAGAGCAAGCGAUGGCUCAAGACAGCGUCUCUGACAAAGUCCGAAGCCUCCAGAGGCAGAUUGCUCACAAUAUUAAAUUUGGGCAGAAACCAACGUCCACCUCUUUCAGAAGAAGCGACGCCGCCGAGGGCAGCUCAGAUGAUGAAGACGUGCCCAGAAGCCCUCUGAAGGUGGUUGCUCAGAUUGAGGCAGAGCCUGUGGAUACUGAGAUGAAGGACUCUGCUGAUCUUCCCAAAAAUGGCCACACAACUGAGGCAAGCACCAGGACUUCUGAAGUCAAGCAGGAUACUCCAGUCAAAUCUCCAAGACAGAGAAGAGCCGUUCUUGCAAGCGGAACAAUCGAAUCCAUUAAUCUCGACGCUGUCCCACGCUCCGCUUCCCGCCUGGAUAACACCGCCGCUAAACACAAGCUGGCCAUAAAGCCCAAAAACCAGAGGGCAUCCAAGAAGCACCGGAGGCUGACCCAGGAUCUGCACAACCUUUCUUCUUGUGACAUCUUACAAGAAGAGGCAGACGCUCAGAAGCAGGUGGACUCCCCAGUGGAAGGUCACAGUGUCAGCACCCCCACAGGACAGAAGACGCAGGACGAGCAAGAAACAAUCGGAGGACCCCAACGCGAGAGGACAGCCUGCCAGGACCAGCUUCAGGGAGAGGAACACCAGAAGCCCGAGGGACCAGUUUUCCCUGAGGCCGGAAGGCAGAGACAACCUGAAACAGAAGUGAAGGUAGAGGCCACAGCCGCUAGACCACGAUGGGAUGAAAAUGGGGAGGAGGGACAGAGGGACCAUGAAGCCGAGGAGCAGAGGCAGCACGAGAUGGAGGAGCAGAGGCAGAGGGAGAUGGAGGAGCAGAGGCAGAGGGAGAUGGAGAAGCAGAGGCAGAGGGAGAUGGAAGAACAGAGGGAGAUGGAAGAACAGAGGCAGAGGGAGAUGGAGGAGCAGAGGCAGAGGGUUAUGGAGGAGCAGAGGCAGAGGGAGAUGGAGGAGCAGAGGCAGAUGGAGAGGGAGGAGCAGAGACAAAGGAAGGUGGAGGAGCAGAGGCAGAGGGAGAUGGAAGAACAGAGGCAGAGGGAGAUGGAGGAGCAGAGGCAGAGGGAGAGGGAGGAGCAGAGAAAGCGAGAAUUAGAGGAGGAACAGCAUCGUACAGCCACAGAGAAGAGGCUACGAGAGGAGGAGGAGCAGAGGAAACGAGAGGCCGAAAGACAGAGAGCCCAGGAGCUGGAGGAACAGCAGCGCGCUGAUUUGGAGCUGCAGAAGCAGCAUGGUGCUGAAGAAGCCGAAGGAAAGGCGCGGCGUGAGCUCGAGGAGAGGAAACUUAAAGAGCAGGAAGAACGGAAAAACUUGGAAAAACUCCAAGCGGAUGAGAAAAAGAAGACACAGAAGGAACAGAGCCCGGAGGACAGGGAAAGAGUGGGCGAAAACACAAAGCCAUUAGACGCCACUUCGAAACAGCUCGAGGAGACUUGGAAAACCAAACCAGCGCUGGGAGAGGACCUGGAUCCACAGGAACGGAAGAGAAGAGCCGAAGAGGUUCGAUGGAAAGAGCUGGAGGAGAGGCAGACCAUGCCCAGGCCUUUCACUUUUAAAGUGUCUUCGGGAGAAAAACAAAUAUUGUUUCAGAAGGUCAAUCUAACGCCUGUAGCAGCAUCCAGCCAGCAAGGCCCUCCACCGGAUGCCAAGGACUCACAGACUUCACCUAAAGGAAACGCAGGUUCUCAUUCUCUGCCCUCCUCCUUGUAUGUCCCUCACACUGCUAUUUUGGUAACAGGUGCUCAGCUUUGUGGAACCGCAGUGAAUCUUAACCAAAUUAAGGACACGGCGUGUAAGUCUUUACUUGGCUUAGGAGAGGACAAGAAAACCAUGGAAGUACCUCCCAUUCAGAGCUCCAAGAAAACUUCCCCUGAAAGGAAGACGAAUGCUAACAAAACUAAAUCGCUCAACGAAUCUGCGAGAGACCAGGCCAGUGCUGCAAUAUUAGCAGAGUGGGCCAGCAUAAGAUCCAAGAUUUUGAAAUCUGCAGAAAACGAGAAUCUUCAUGAAAGGGAGGCGAGGCCCCACAGCCGACCUGCCAGUGAUGACUUCAACCAGAAGGCAUUUCCUGGGUUACACAGCAACCUCAGAAAAACGAUGUCAGCGACUGCCAAGUUCUCCAUUACACCUGCAUGGCAGAAAUUUACAGACGGGAGCAAAGCCUUUGAAAACGAGAGUGCUCCAGCUGUGGACCAAGAGGAGAAACUCAACGCAAAAACCGAGCCUCCGUCUCCGGACGCUGCCUCCGAUCGCUCUGCUCCCCUGACCUCCCCUGAGCCGGAAGACAAAGCCAGUAAGCCUGCUCAGGAAGUGGACGGCACUGAGGGCUGCGUGUUUGCCAAAGACCUCCCAUCGUUUCUGGUCCCGAGUCCUCCUCCCGCUCCCAACAAGCCCCGCUCUCUCUCCGAGUCGCAGAGCCCCCCCAGGGACCCCCAGAGCGCCGGCCCGGGAGGCAGGCCUGAAGAGAAGCCGUCUCCGUUUGGGAUCAAGCUCCGAAGGACGAACUACUCCCUGCGCUUCCACUCCGAACAGCCCUCGGAAAAGAGGAAGAAAAGGUACAGCGCUGGGGACAGCUUUGAAGGCGUUCCAGCCCCCCUCCUCCCCAGCGGGCCCGAGAAGGAUGCAGCUGUGUUCCCCAGCAAGCCGAGGGACAGAGCCCACAGCAGGGCCGCCGAACCUCCGCAGGUCGUCCCCGAGCCGAGAGCGAGGCCCAGUAAGGUCGCUGUGCCAGCGGCGAGCAGCGAGGGAGACAGGCCCGCGCUGCACCAGAAACCCUCGUUAGCUCCAAAGCCCGCCGAUGCCACGCCUCCCUGCUCCCCUCUUGCUAAAGCGGACUUGUGCAGCCCCGGCGACAAGACCGUCCCCUGGCCUGCAGAAGAGGGUCUGUCCGUAAGGCAGAGAAAGGAGGAGCAUAAGGACGAGAACAAGCGGCAGGACGAGGAGCCGAAGGAGAAAAGGUCCUUUUUCCCUUCCAUCAACAUCUCCUGGCGGGAGAAGAUGGAUCGGAGAGUGGAACUCAUCAGACGAGAGAAGCCGACGCUCCAGAGCAGGCACUCGCUGGACAGCUCCCGGGGGCCUGAGCGGGGCGAUGCCGGCCAGCCUCUCUGGAUCUCGCUGGCGCUGCAGAAGCAGAAGGGCUUCCGGGAGCAGCAGCUGAGCCGGGAGGAGAAGAGGCACAUGAGAGAAGCCAGGCUGGCUGAGAAGCAGGCGAAGGAUAACAGUGCAGCUUCCAGUCCGUCAGAGAACGCAGGAGACAGCCACAGCCCAGUGUUGCCAAAACCCCCCAUGCAGGACGCGGAGAAGAAGCCUGACACACUCUUAUCCAGAUUCGAGCGCAGGGAGCAGUUGAAAAAAUCCAACACCCUCCCGAACUCCGUUACAGUUGAAAUCUCCGACUUGCCGGUUUCAGCCCCGCCCGUGAAGGAGGUGCCCAAGCGCGUCCCCCCGGCCGAGCUGGCGCAGGUGUCCAGCGAGCCCGCCUGGCUGGCCCUGGCCAAGCGCAAGGCCAAGGCCUGGAGCGACUGUCCUCAGAUUAUCAAGUAGCCGCUUCACGACGUUGACCCCUUUCCUACACCGCUACUGGUUUCAUUUCGGACCACAGGGGUUCUCGCUUUCAGUCCUGGAAUUCCUGGGCCUCCAGGUUUACACCUGGAUCUGCAGGAGACGGGACCAAGCGUUCCCAUCGGCAGCCCGACCUCCCCAGCCCCUCCCCGCCCGCGUGCUCCCAGGCGUCAGCUGCCGUCGUGUGGCCAAACGGAUCUCGUGAGCCAAACGGACAGUUGUUCCUUGGAUGUCCCACGAGCGGACGCGUGCGUAACCGAAGCAUGUUCCCGAUUCUCCAAAAAGAAAACGACUAUCCCUGCAAAAUGAAGUGUAACCUGAAGAUUCCGUUGUUCCGGUUGGGUCCUGCUUUCUGUUUCAUGCGUCACUCUAACCCCCAACACGAGGAACCCGCAGUGGUCUAAGGGCUAGCCUUGUAAAAAGAAAAAUCAACACCAAACAACCAACUAUUUUAUUCCAGCUUUGAAAACAUUGCAGACUGAUUCCUUAGGAGUACGUGUUGGUCAAAAUACAGGAACUCUUCCUUUUAUUGCUUCUUCAACUUCUGCUGGACCAUGGGGCACAACUCUAAAAACAACUUCCAGGCUACACUUUUUUUAAAACCAGUUUUCAUUUGGUUUUCUUUGCUCCUCUGAUUGUAUAUAUGAAGUGAAUGCUGUUUAUAAUUUAUAUUCCUUUGGACAGCUUUGGGAACAAGGGUUUAAUGAUCACGAUAGGGUUAUAUGCAAACUGUGGUUGAAAUAACGUGACUACUGUUAAUCUGCCUGUGCUGUGAUCACUUCUUUCUGACUUGACACAGAACACAGCACCACAACUAAUGCACUGAAAAAUAAGUAUUACUGUUCUGUGUGGUUUAUGAUCUACUUCAAGAUGCAGCUUUCUUGCACGGUAUGUCAUAAACAACUUUAAAAUGCUCUGAAAGAACAUUCCCAAUUUCUCGUUCCCUAUUGUAAGAAGAAGAUCUUUGUUGUAGCUUUUGUGUACUCUCAUUAUUAGAUAUGUUUCCGAACCAAUGAUGAUGAAUCAUUAUGUCUGCUUCUAAAUGGAACAAGUUACGUAUAGCAGUCAUUUUAUGGUACAUAACAGUAGUCUUAUUUAAUUUUUAACAAUUUCCCAAAGUGCAAUUGUUUCAUUGGUUUAAUUUUAUUAAUGUGCAAUAGUGUAGUGUAAUCAAAGUGUUACAAGAAUGAAGUCUUUAAAAUUGCACUUUUUGUCCCACUUAGAUGACGUUAUACUGAAAUUCUGACAUGUGAUUCAGAUGUCUUGCGUUAUGUAGUAAAAUUAAAUACAAUACUUUAACUUCUUG